UAAACAUAGGAGUGGGGCUAAGUUUUCCCUUAACGUGCACACGGGCCACACCCUCACACAUCAACGAGCUUGGCCAAGGCCCUAGAUCGAAGGCAAGAGUGCAAGACGCGGCGCGUUGGCAUCUCAUAUCUCAAUAAUCGUCCUCAACGCCUGGCAUCAUCCCCAAUUUCAAGCUUUCAUCUUUGCGUUGUGAUGAUGUGCAACAGCUUGUUCCCUUUGGCUUCUACCCCACUUAAUCUUUCAAGGUAAUGAUAUUUGGUCGCAUAGAAUCUUGGAGAGUUUCUUAUCAAAUACUGCGGGAAUUGCACUCACCUCCUCUCAUAUCUGUUUGCAAGUGUUACUCCACAGUGUCUAAUAAGAUGAAGGAUAUUAGAGUCGGCCACCCUUCUGUUUUCUCGACUGCUGAAUCUGAUAGAGAAACUCGGGAUCAACCAUCUGAAUUGACAAGUAAGGAUAGAUUUUCAUCGAAUCAUGUUCAGUAUACCCCUGAAAUCGAGAAGACGUAUGUCCAUCAGGUUUAUGAUGCAAUUGCUCCCCACUUUAGUUCAACCAGAUUUGCUAAAUGGCCAAAGGUUGCAUCGUUUUUAGAUUCCUUGCCACAAGGAUCUCUUGUCCUGGAUGCAGGAUGUGGAAAUGGGAAAUACUUAGGUUUCAAUCCCAAAUGUGUUUCCGUAGGAUGUGAUAUAAGUCCAGCUUUAAUCAGUAUAUGUGCAGAGAGAGGGCAUGAAGCAUUGGUUGCUGAUGCUGUAAUUUUGCCUUAUAGAAGUGGUUUUGGUGAUGCAGCAAUCUCUAUUGCUGUGUUACAUCACCUGAGUACUGAAAGUAGGAGGCGAAAAGCCAUUGAAGAACUGGUUCGAGUUGUUAGGAAGGGAGGUUUGGUGUUAGUAACAGUUUGGGCUGUGGAGCAAGAGGAUCCAGGUUUGUUGAGUAAAUGGACUCCAUUGUCCCGUAGGUACCUGGAUGAGUGGAUUGGACCCGGUAGUCCUCGUGUGCAUAGCUCCAGGUCAUUUAAUUUACAAAGCAUUCCUGAAAGCGAGAAUGGAUCUCAAGAGUCAUGCACAGUCUCUAAUGAGUCCCUUGGUGAAAAGCUGGAUAGAACAAUGAAGUUAAAUGACCAAGAAAACGACACAUCAACUACCUCGAUUGGUGAUAAAUGUAACGAAAACCAAGAGUAUUUUGUUCCAUGGCAUUUACCUUAUCAUCGAGCUGAAAUUAGUGGUUCUUCUGCUUCUGCUGUUGCAAAUGGUCUGGCAAGAAAAGAUGACAAAAAGGGUGCUGUGGUAUAUAACCGAUAUUAUCAUGUGUUUAGUGAGGGUGAACUUGAAAGUUUAGUGUCUGGAAUGAGCAAUGCUGUGAUCGUGGAUCGCUUCUUUGAUAAAUCAAAUUGGUGUGUUAUUCUUGAAAAAAAAGAAUGAUAAUUCGAAGACGCACAAAAUGCAUAUGUCCUAUUUUAUUGCUGAGAUGAGAUCAGGGAGUAAAUCAUGAAGCUGCCAAUGUAGUGAGUGAAUCACUCCUUGUAGGAAUGUCAGCAUAUAUUUCUCAGAAAAGCAGGCUGUGUCGUUUAUCUGUGUGCUUGCAUGUUUGUAUCAUCAUUUUUCGAUGCAGUGAAAUUCACAUUUUAGAGCUAAGUUCCAGCAUUGUUUUGCGGAUUUUGGAUAGUAAAGAUAUUCAUAUAUACACGUAUUACUGUC